CCUACAUUUCAUUUCUUUCUGAUGUUUUCUGGCAAAAAAACGUACGCUUAGUAUUCGAGGAAACAAUAUAUUACACGACUGACCACAUGGAAAACCCAGGUACAAUGUACUCGAGUGACGAGGGCAGUGAUAAUGAGGGGAUGGACGUGGCUGGGAGAAACAACAGUGCCCUCUGUUUAGCAGGCAAAUCACUGCUCAAACCAAAGCUUGACUCAAUCUUCGCUGAGGUGGAGAAAAACCUGCCGUCCAUUGAUUUUGAUUUGUCUGAUGUGAGCUCUGACAGUGAGGAACCUGUCAUUUUCCAGCGACAUUUGAUUAAGACAUACAUAGAUGAUGAUGACAAGGAUUUUGAUACAAGUCUUAAUGAAGAAUCACUUUCUGAGCUCCUUCAUUCAUCUCGUGAUAAUAUGUCUCUUAACUCCAACACAGUCGAAGAUGGUGAACUUGGUAGUUCAAUAUCUCAGCCUGUGUAUGAUAAUGAUCUUGCUCUUCAGAUCCAGAAAUCAAACAAGGCAACGACUUCCACAGGUACUAGUACCACCAGCUGGACGGAGGUAGUUAUAGAGGCAAGAGAGGAUGCCGCCAAAUUUUCCGAACGUCCACAGGUUAAGAUGCAGAACUGGUUGGAAGAAUCAGACCAACCAAUUCCAGAUCUCUCGGACGCUUUAAGCAUGAUAGAGAGUGAGAUGAUGCGUCGAGUGGAAAGUCAAGAAAAUCUGUUUGACAUCAAUUCAUUCACAGAAAAGGAUGACAGUGAUGAAAAUAUAGAAAAACAUGAAAAAGAAUCUAACAAGGAGAAUGCUAAAAAGACAACUAAUCAUAAAUCUGGUGAUCCAAAAGUAGAUAGAUAUCUGCAGCAGGAACUUCGCAGAGAUCAAGAACGGGAGAUUGUGUCCAACAUGGUGUCAUCUCAGCCCCUCAAACUCAAUAUGGGCUCUCUUGGCAGUCUGGAUAUUGACAUGGUCUUGGGCAAUAUGAAUGAGGAGAACCAGCUUGCGAUUCCCAUCAUUCAGGAGGUGUGGCCAGAAGCCAAUCGUAUCGAGUCUGUCUUUGCUGCAGGGGAAGGAUCAAAUAAAACAGAAACAAAUGAGAACAAGACACUGAUUGAGAGACUUGCCCUGAUGUCGAUGGAAGAGUCAGGAAUUGACCUCACCGAUGUUGACCCCAACACCGGGGCCCACAAGGGAAAAUCAACAAGAGACAGCCCUGUGGAACCCGACAAUGACCAACGGCAGAUAGAAGGAGAAGUGAAGGACAGGUGGGGUCGCUCUGUUAAACGCCCUCCGACCCCAGACAGUGCUGACAAGGAUGACAUGAGGAAAGAAACAAAUUUGGUGGAGCCUGUUAAGAAGACUUCGUCCUGUGGUACAAACACAGCAGACACUGGGAAUCAGCCUCCCAAGAUCAUCAUUCCACGUGUCAAACCAAAAGAUGCAGACACGUCUCCAAAGAAGCAGGAGCCUGACACAGUUUUCCUGGACCUGAGAAACUUUGACAAGACACGACAAGAACAGCAGGAGAAUAUAGAGAGAGUGCAAAGGAUUUUAAAAAUCAGACCGGAGCAAAAUGGAGACUCGAGUGAUGAGGAUGAAGUGAGCGUUGACUGUUGGAGGGACGUCAGAAAUAAAAUAAAGACAAAUCUUUCCUCUAAGGGUGUGUCUACUGAGGUCCUACCUGAUAAACCCCAGCUCUCCAGAACUUACAAGGAUGCCCGACAACCCCAGAGAGUUAUCAACAUGAUUCCCCAGACACAGGGGCAGGGAGACAACCUCCCAGUCCCAACCCCAGGGGCACAAGAUGCUGAGGCAGAGGUUAGGAGGAAAGCAGAGCAGGAAGAAAAAGAGAAGCGUAAAAAGAUGGAAGAGGCCAAAAAACUGCGAGAACAGAGAGAGUCUGAGCGACAGGCAAGAGUGCGUCUGUGUAAUCGUCUAAACGCUCUUCGACCACAGGCUUCUGUCAGCGGGAAACAGGACUCAGCUGAGACUACACCAGUAGUGUUUGAUAUUGAUGUUUCGUAUGAGCCUGCCCCUCGCAGUCUGCCUACAAUCAUGCAGCCUGACCAGGAAUGUCUACUGCUGACAGUACACUUGUCCAGCAAUGGCGAAAUUAUCCUGCACCGCGGCAAAAAUAAAAGUGUUGAUACAGGUAUUGGAUUGUCGGCCAGCUACACGGUUUUGUUGACAUGGCUGAUGUCCUUUGUACCUGACAACUAUAACUUUCUCCAGCCACAAGUUGCCAAGGAAGAUGAGGGCGGAGUCCAGUUUUUGGUCCCGCCCUUCUAUGUGGUGGGCUUACAACAGCUUUGGCUUGAUGAACAGCAUGCUCUGGUGGUUGCUGUGACACCCACACAACAAUUCCGUCACAAACAUAUCAAACACAAGAAGUCAAAGGUCAAAGAUGAAGUAAAGGAUAGCUCACCAUUUCAACAACAUCUUGCCAAAUUUCUGUCUACCAACACCCUCCAUACAGUUUGUCCCUGGUUACAGGAUCUGGUAUCUGGGGAAGUGCCAUCAUCACAGGUCGAUCCUGCAACGGGAAGUCCCUCCUACAUUUACCGUCCUCCGCUACCAAACAUUACCAACAAACCAUUGUCAACAUUUAUACAGAUCAACCCUGACCACAGUGCUGCACAGAAAGUGUUCAACACUUCCGUCGGCUUCUUCUUCCAGACUGUAGACAGUGACGACUCUAGUGCUGAUCUGAUUAUAAACGAUAGUGGUGUGAAUUAUGAUACACAGAAUACAAUGUCUCUUAUUUAUAAAAAGAUUUUCCAGGAUCCACGUGCCACUAUGGGAAUAUUCAAUCGAGUGUUACAAGAAGGCCUUGACCUGGCUGGUGUACGUUUAUUAUAUCCAACCCCUGAGUUGCUCAACCUUGCCUCUGGUAAACCUUCCAUGCCUACUGACAAUUCUGAGGCUAAGUCAGAUCUGGAAAUGCUCAACAACAUUGGACCUGUAUUGGCUGUGUCUAUCAGAGGAACAUUUGGUCGGACAAUUUGGCUGGAUGCUGUUGGUCCCUCGGACCCAUCCCUGGCCCGACGGACUGACCCAAACUCUUUGUGUGCAUUGUAUGGCGGAAGUUCACGGGAUGAGUGUUUGUUGUUUUGUCCGAGGAAUCAGAACCGUGUACACAUCGAGCUUACACGCUGGUUUGGAGGUCGAGUGCCACCAGGUGGUGUUAUAGAUGUGGGAACACCGUACACCAAAAAGGAUCAUCAUCGGAGUGGUAGUCCCAAAGGACGAAAAGGGAGAAAGGUCACAUUUAAUGAAUUUAGGGAACGGGACGAUAAACCUGUGGUUGUGCCAAGCAGACGACCUCCGGCAACAUUGACCGCUACAACGAGAAGUGAUAUCUUCCUGGUCAUGUCACCAACUGUUGGACCACGGUGUAUAGGUAUUGUAAUGGCCACCUGUCAGCGCCGUGGAUACCAGGUACGGGGCAUCAGGCGAUCUAGAUUAACAACGAAGAAGGCUAGUUCUCUAGGUAUUGGGAGUGAGGCAGUGCCAAUCUUCUGUCCUGGAACUCAGACUGUAGAAGGUGUGGAAGGGGCAGACUUUGUAACAGUCUUGUGUCCUCAGGAGAGAAACCAGGAGGCCCUACUGCCCUGUACACUACUGUUGCUGGAGAAAGAAAAUGCUGCCCAUCAUGCAGCUAGUCUGAUAGAGGCCUGCAUGGUACAGCUCACAUUACAGGGAGUUAUGGGUACUAUACAGAAAACUGUGGACUUUCCAAUCAACUCUAAACAGCUGUUUCACGCAGCACGGUUCUCUGAUGGACUUCAGGCUGUUCUUGGAGGAGAACUCAGCAAGUGUGUGGACUACGAGAUCAGUGUAAACCCUAGCUUUGUUGUACCUAAACUCUACACUAAUCCCGAGGUAGAGGAGGUUGUGGUCCUCCUUAUACUGGGUCACAGUAACCUGAAGAGUAAUGGUCUGCUUGUUGGUCAGCUGCUGAACAUGGUUCCGUACAGUAAGACUCCCAUCAGCCUACCCUUGGCUGAGGGAUUUGAGUUACUGGGAAUUAAGUGGGUACCCUCACUGACCCUAUCUCAGGCCAAAGAGGUUACACCAUAUGAAGUUGGGGACCGUCAGUGGAAGAAAAAUAUACAUACACUUACAGAUGAACCUGCACUUAUUCUAGUCCUGAGAGGAAUAAAUGGUUUUGAGAAAUUAAACUCAGUUAUCACAAACCUGUCACACAAUCCACAGAAUAGUCACAUAGACUACUUAAUGUCUCAAACACCAGAGGAGGCAUACUCAUUCGCCCGCUCAUUCUUCACCGAACGUGAACUGUUCGCUGAUCCUCAGUCAAGGUCACUCCUGCCAUAUCUACCAAGUAUUAAACACUUCACACAAGGAAAGGACAAGGAACGAGGAACAACUGUGAUAAAGGAGUCCAUUUUCGACCUGAUGCAGCGAGGACCACAGUCAUUUACAACUUUCCUUCUUAUCAAACCCCGAGCUGUGCGACGGCAUUUGUCAAAAAUCCUCAAAAAAAUAGUGCAAGAGAAAUUCCACAUCACAGCAUUACGUUUUUGUGUUCUGGACAGAAGUCAAGCUAUGUCCAUACUGGAGGAGAAAGAUAUGGAUGGAGACUUGUUGGAGAAACAUCUAUCCUACUUAACAUCUGGCCCUUGUGUAUACCUAACUCUGGAACGUGAAAAUGCUGUCAAGUAUUUGCUAGACCUGUUGGGUCCAAUGGAUCCCCAAGGAGCUAGACGACAGAGUCAGUUCUACUGGAGGGGCGUGUUUGGUGUUGACCCUGUACUAAAUGCUCUUCAUGCAUCAAAAGAUUACCUCACUGCGGUCGCAGAGCAGAAUUGUUUCUUUCCUGAGGGCCUCUGCUGUAUGCCCAUGCCAAGUUUACAGCAGGAUGAGAUCAAAUGUCCAGCAGAGGAUACAACUAUAGCAGUGAGGUUUCAUGAAGAGAGAGAUGUUUUGGUGCAUGAUAAACAUAAUGAAGGUGAUGACAAACUCACAGAUUCCAUGCACCAGCUGUUGCUGCAGACAACAUGUAUUGUGUUAAAACCUGGUCUGGUGCGGCCAAAGGGCAAGAGAAAGUGUGGAUACACAGACAUUAUAGAUGGACUCCUCACUAACGGGUUUGAGAUUGUUGGUGCCAGGAUGUUGUGGUUCACACAGAAACAAGCAGAACACUACUUGCAUGUGAUACAGGCUGGCAGCUUUCAACAGGUACCCUUGUUGACCUCCGGCCCUUGUAUAGUUUUAGCCCUGGAGAGAGAUAAUGCUGUCAUAGCUUUUGACUCCUUAAUGGGAAGUAGCUACGGGUCAGACUCUCUGAUAAGCCAGUAUGGUGAGGAUAUUACCAGGCCUAGUGACCUUACUCAGGCCCACAACAUGCUGAGGUUUUUCUUUGACAAGCUGAUUCCAGGAAGUCAGGUGGAGAUUGUGCCAAAGACAACAAAACAGUGAGGCGACUUUGGACUAACAGAGCUAUAGACAUUAAAAAGAUUUCAAAGAUUCGAGAAGAAUGGUAGUUACUUGAUCUCAAGUUGAAAUUAGAGAUGUCUUUUUUAUUAUGACAGGGAUAAAAGUGAAAUAUUUUUUUAUAUUCUGGUAAUCAAUAUUUUAGGGAAAAUAUGGUAUUAAAGGGCGACAACAAGGAGAUGUGUUCAACUUAGAAUCACAGAAUAUUGUAAAUUUUGAAAAUAUUCUCAGUUCUUCAAAUCAGAUCAGUUUUGAAGUUAAAAUUUGCUCACAGGUAAUUCAAGUUUGAAAAAAUAGAUGAGAACAUUUGCUUUAAAAUGGUUCACAAGAAAGAACCUACCAAGAGCCGAGGAUCCAAGCUAAGGAUCGAAUGUGUUGGAAAGACAGUAGGGUAUAAAAUACUUUUUAACACAUUUUGAUUUGUUCAUGGUCUAAACAUGAUAUAAAAUAUGAAUAUUCAUACUUUUUUGCAUUUGGGAAGCAAUCUUUGCCAGGAGUUCAUGUUAAUAUUAAGAAAUUUUAACAACUAGCAUUGAAGGGAAAGUACAGUCGAACCUUCUUAUAUCGAAGUCGUCGGGACCACAGGAAGGCUUUGAGUUAUCCUAGUAUUCAAGAAAAUUUAGGUAAAAUAUUUUGUGUGAAGUUUGGCCACAACUGACGAAAUAGUCUGAAUUAUACAGAGUCUUUGUGUUAUAAGAGUUUGAGUUAACAAGGUUCAGCUGUACUAUGUGCUUGUUUCAUAAUGAUUCUUUUGGGACAGGGGUCCUGUACAAAAUUUAGAUCUCGAUGAAAAAUGGGAUUUUCUUUCUGUAACAUACUUGCCAACUUUUUGGAAUGUCAUUGGAAAAAAUAUUCUACACA